UCAACCUUUGCGAUAGCAUAAACGUAAGCAGCCGUUGCCAACAACUUCACACAGCCCAUUCGGAACCUGUCAGCGGUGUGUUGCCUGGCCGUGCUGCUUCUUCCUCUGGCCUCAGAACUGGAAACAUGCUGUCCUUUGCUCUUCGACAACUCACACGGCCAUUGUGCCAGCGAGCCCCAGUUCGUCUCAGUGUACGCGGUCAGCAGUCCCACGCUGCCACCCGUACUGUGGACGACGAUCGUCCAUGGACAGGCCAGGAGAGCUUGGCUCAGGAUGACCCUGAGAUGUGGGAUCUGCUCCGAAAGGAGAAGGACAGGCAGUGCCGUGGCUUGGAACUCAUUGCAUCCGAGAAUUUCUGCAGUCGAGCAGCUCUGGAAGCUCAGGGCUCCUGUCUGAACAACAAAUACUCUGAAGGCUACCCAGGGAGAAGAUACUAUGGUGGAGCAGAAGUGGUCGACCAGAUUGAGCUGCUGUGUCAGAAACGAGCCCUGGAUGCCUUUGACUUAGACCCAGCUCUGUGGGGUGUCAACGUCCAGCCGUACUCUGGCUCCCCCGCUAACUUUGCCGCAUACACCGCUGUGCUGAACCCCCAUGACCGCAUCAUGGGCCUUGACUUGCCUGAUGGUGGACAUCUGACCCAUGGCUACAUGUCCGAUGUGAAGAGGAUCUCUGCAACCUCAAUCUAUUUUGAGUCCAUGCCCUACAAGUUAAAUCCUGCAACAGGACUCAUAGACUACGACCAGAUGGACAUGACGGCCAAGCUGUUCCGGCCCAAGCUCAUCAUCGCUGGCACCAGCGCCUAUGCCCGCCUCAUUGACUACGCCCGCAUCAAGAAGCUCUGUACUGACAUUAAUGCCUACAUGCUAGCUGACAUGGCUCACAUCAGUGGCCUGGUGGCAGCCAAAGCCAUCCCUUCUCCCUUUGAAUAUGCAGACCUGGUCACCUCUACCACACACAAAUCCCUCAGAGGAGCCCGGGCUGGCCUGAUCUUCUAUCGUAAGGGUGUUCGCUCAAAGGACAAGAAGGGGAAGGAGAUCAUGUAUGACCUAGAGGACAGGAUCAACUUCUCAGUCUUCCCCUCCCUUCAGGGUGGACCCCAUAACCAUGCCAUUGCCGGUGUGGCUGUGGCACUCAGACAGGCACAAUCUCCCAUGUUCAAGGAGUACAUCACCCAGGUACUGAAGAACGCCAAGGCUAUGGCUGCAGCUCUCCUCAGCAAAGGAUACACCUUGGUAUCAGGCGGGACUGACAACCACCUGGUCCUUGUGGACCUGCGGCCUAAGGGCAUCGACGGGGCUCGGGCUGAGAGGGUGCUGGAGCUCGUGUCAAUCACUGCCAACAAGAACACCUGCCCCGGAGACAAGAGUGCCCUGACUCCUGGUGGCCUCAGGCUAGGUGCUCCAGCCCUGACCUCCAGGCAGUUCAAAGAAGCAGACUUUGUGCAAGUUGUCGAGUUCAUGGAUGAGGGCUUCAAGAUUGCCUUGGAUGUCAAGACAAAGACAGGAAAGCUCCAGGACUUCAAGAAUUUCCUUCUUCAAGACCCAGAGACUGUGGCUCGCAUCGCUGAACUGCGUCACAGGGUUGAAGCUUUUGCCAGGCCCUUCCCCAUGCCAGGCUUCCACGACCAUUAGGCAGGCCUUAGAUAGAGUCGGUGGAGCCAUAACAGCCAGGUGGCAGAAAGCUGGCUGGGCAGAAGUGUGCGAGGAGAAAGGAAAAAUGUCACCGUAAUGAAAUGUGGUUUGUGCCAAUGAAUUGGGAUGACUCUUGAGUUCCCUUAUUUUUUUUCAAUCAGGUCUGAGUUACCACAUUUCUUUUUUUCUUUUGCUUAUUGGCAGUCAUCCAUCAAAUCUAUUCUUGUAAAAACAUAGCCUCUGUGCUGAGGUAAAGACACAAUAAACUUUGGCAGAUUUUGUAGAGCUGGAGAACCUAUUUUCUAUCAUGUGUGUACAAAUCUUUCUCAGUUGUCUUCACACCAUUUAUUUAAUGUGUGUGGUAGGAAAAGAAACAAUUCAAACAGCUACCAACAGCUCUUGGUGUCAAUCUCUUUAACUUGAAUAAGGUGUAAUUAUUUAAAUUUAUUUAAUAUUAUCACAUGACACACUGCAGAGUCUUAAUGCCAUAAAGAGUCUCGACUGAUACUACUAAAAGAGAUUAUUAUAUUCAUUCAUUACAUGGAGAUGUGUGCAUGAUAACUUUCUAGUGUCACUUUCUGUUUAUGAAACCAGAUACACAUGUUGGUUUUGUAAGGGGAAGGGGUGUUCUUCCAAAAAAAAAAAUGUGUCUGUACCUUUUAAAUAUGGGGAAACUUUGUGGGAAACUUAAACCCUUUAAUUAAUCUGUGUCAUGUAUUACAGUCACGUAUAGCAACACUACAAAACAAAACACAUCUCACCCUCAGUGUUAACAGAUAUUGUAAUGCUUCAAAAAGUAGAAUUUACUUGAAAUUUCUAUUAGAUGGCAUUGCAGUCAAAUCUUGAUCUAUUUUUGAUAGUUAUUUUCAUUCUACACUGUUGUGAUCCUUCAUCUUUUUCUCUGAUGCCAGAUUUUAGUUGCUUUAAAUUAUGUAAUGACAGAUAAUCAAAUGAAUCGAAUGACAGAAAUGACAUCCUGGAGUAUUUCAUACAUUUAAGUGUGUUUACAAAGAAAAUAUACUUUUCUAUAUAUGAUUUAAAAAUAGUUAACUGUGUAACUGCCAUAAUGUCACAUAUAUCUGGUUCACAGAUUAGAACUGUUAGAAUUAUCACUGCAUCAGUGAAGAAGCAAGAUUUCUGUUCGUGACGUAGUCUUACUGCACAAUCGAAGGGUGUUAGAAAUGGUGUGGUUACACUGCACAAAACACAGCUUCUAAAGUGAACCUACACACACAAGUUAAUUCAUAUUAACUCUUUAACAAGAUACUGACAACCAAUAGAUUUGACUUUGCCAAAAUAUACCAAUAAAUAUUAUAAGACAUUGUUCAUAAAUCUUUUUGUCUUUAGUCAUGCUGUCAUGACAUCUAUGUUGCCAGCCACUGUACAGCAACACAGGUUUAAUCUCACUUUCUUUACUGAGUCUUUUUAUUCAUUAAAAUGUAACUAGUAUUGGCAGUUUCUUAAUAAAGUAUGCUAAUGAAAAUGCA